ACGGUAUUUAAAAAUGAUCUUGUAAAUUUACCUUUGCUUAGAUGGGGGGCAGUAUGCGUAACGUCGCUUGUUCUGUCUUAAGAACAUCAUGCUAGGCGCCUCCAAACCGCCAUAUUACAAGCUAAACACAUUCUUUAGGGCGUUAAAUAUAUAUCGUUGGUCGCAAGGCCGACACUGCGUGCAACCCUGCCCGGUCAGGCUUAGCCUUGGAGGCAGCUUGGCAGGAUACCGAGCACGCCCUCAAGUACUUAAGACAUGGUGCACCACAGCAAUGACAGCGACGCGAGCAGUGGGCGCGACAAACGGAGAAGGCGCUUCCUUGGGUUCCCCUUGCCCUCUCACAGCGUCACAGCCUAUCAGCUAGUGGUCUACACCAAUGUGGUGCUCUACUCCAUUUGUUGGAUGGCUCAGGUGCCCGUGCUGCCGUACCUCGUCGAGAAGCUAGGAGCGGCGGGCAGUACACAGUACGGCAGACUGCAGACCGCUUUCUCUGCCCUACAAUUCAUCGGCGGCCUCAUUUCGGGCCCCCUCAUGGACCGCUACGGCCCCCGCUUCCUGUUCGCGCUCUCCUUCGCUGCCAGCCUGUCCAGCUACGCGCUCACGGCCACCGCCACCUCCAUGGGGGGGCUCUACCUGGCGCGCCUGCCCACCAUCAUGCAGCACGCCGUACUCGCCGCACGUGCCAUCGUGACUCAGCUCUCCUCCGACUCCGACCGCGCUCGUGUGCUGGGUUUCGUUGCUGUGUCGUACAGUGUGGGUUUCACACUGGGACCCGCGGUGGGCGGCUGGCUGGGGGGCAGCGGGGGUGGCGGCAGCGGCGGAGGUGGCGGGGAGUGGCUGCAAGGCCCCGCGGUGGCUGCGGCGGUGGGGUCGGCUGUGAGCCUGGUUAGCGUGCUGCUGCUGCUGCCAGACCUACCUCCCCCGGGCUCGCCACACCCACACCCACACCCGUCCGGACACCCCCCACCUCAUCAUAGUGCUGCUGGGGAUGCCCCUACCGCCGCCAGCUGCAGCUCUGGAGCAGCGGAGGACCCGAACACGGCAGCGACAGCAGCAGCGAAGGCAGCGGCGGCAGCAGCCACUGCACAGGAAGAGGAAGGGACGGGCGCUGACGGCGGCAGCAAGGAGAGGGAGGCGGGUGCUGCGGCGCGCGAGCGGGCAGCGGGCGGUGUGGGGGCGCGGCAGAUGAUGUUGGCGUUUGUGGAGGUUUCCCGCCGCCCCGGCGUGCGCCCCCUGCUGCUGGGCAAGCUGCUGGUGGGGCUGGGGUCGGCGGUGUUCCAGUCCAUGUUCCCCGUGCUGCUCAAGCGGCAGUACGGCCUGGAUCCAAGACACAACGGACUGGUCAUGUCGUACGUGGGGGGGCUGCUGCUGGCAGGUCAGGCGCUGCUGGUGGGCCCCGUCAUCUCGACCCUGGGUGAACCCGCCACGGAGCGAAGCUGUGUGGCCGCACUGGCCGCCACCUUCCUGGCCCUGGCAGCGUCCAUCACAUCCGCCUCCUCCUCUUCCUCAUCGUCUCUUGUGGCAUCCUUGUCAUCAUCAGCAGCUGCAGCAGGAGUAGGAGCAGCAGGGGCAGCAGGAGGAGUAGCAGCAGGGGCAGCAGCAGGGGCAGCAGCAUGGGGGUCUCUGUGGCAGCUGCUGGUGCUGAUGGUGCCGUACAGUGUGGCAGGCAUGCUGUACAACAAUGCCAGCACGUCACGGCUGACCAAGGCUGUCCUUCCUCAGCAACGCGGUACCGCCCUCUCCCUGGACAUGUCUCUCAGCAGCGGUGUCCGCAUGCUGGCACCCGCCCUGGGAGCUGCAGCCGCAGAUUCGUACGGCAGCAUGGCCGUACCAGCGCUUUCCGCCGUACUCACAGGGGCAUUUCUGUUGGCCAUGCAGUUGCGGUUGGUUGAGAUUCCGGUCGCUGAGGUGGGGGGUAAGCAGAAGAAGGAGGGCGGGGAUGAAGGAAAGCAAGAGGGUGUGGCGGAGGGCGGAAAGGAAGGGAUGACAGCUGUGGGGCGGUGGGGCCUGUUGCGGCGGUGGGGCCCGAAGUGAGGGCCAGAAUAGGGUGCAGCGUCUGUUCAGUCAGGGAUAUUCCCGGAUUAAUUAAUGGGAGAACAUAUGGGAGGUCUGGAAUGAACCGAAGGCGCGGCGAACCCUAGAAGCGAACAUGUGCAUCGCAUCGCAGGUGGCAUGUGAACGUAAUGGUUCAAUCUUGCCCUGGCAUUCGGUUCUGAUGCCGGAUCUAGGUCGUACGCUCUGGCGUGAAACGCGUGCUAUGUACCUUACCGCGCGUGAAGAAUGGGUUUGAAUAUGGGUAGUUAAGAAAACUGGCCGCGAGGCGGAACGUACUGUGAUUGCCAGAGGAUGGGUAGACGACUGUCGUCCCUUGCUAUGUCUACUGCAAAGGAG